AUGGCAGCGACAGCCCCCAAUCGGGGCUUGGUUGUCUUCUCAGGAGGCAGCGCUGCAAAUAAUCUGGUGGACGUCUUCAGCGCGGUUCGGCAGAGUAAGGACUGUGUGCUAAGCUAUAUCAUCCCCAUCAGCGACAAUGGAGGGUCAUCGUCGGAGUUGAUUCGCAUUUUCGGAGGCCCUGGGAUAGGCGACGUGCGAAGUAGACUGGUCCGUUUGAUCCCAGAUUCGCCCCCGUAUUCAGAGCGCGGUGCCAUCAAAGCGCUCUUCAACCAUCGGCUUCCAGCUGACGCCUCUGCUGCCCACGCUGAAUGGCAUUCCAUCGUGGAUGGAACCUCCGAUUUGUGGAAGUCCAUCGCGCCCGCGAAGAAAGAGCUGAUCCGCUCGUUCUUCAACCUGCUGAAUCUGGAGAUCCUCAAACGCGCCCGACCCCCUGCAUCAACCUUUGACUUCACUUCCGCCAGCGUAGGGAACCUGUUCCUGACCGGCGCGCGACUGUUCAGUGGCAGCUUCGAGAGCGCCAUCUACCUAUUAGGCAGCAUAUGCGGCGUUCCAUCGGACGUCGACCGCGUGAUUCCAGCUAUCAACUCCAACUUCUCCCAUCACAUCUCCGCCUCUCUGGCCAACGGCACGGUGAUUGUCGGCCAGAAUAGCAUCUCCCAUCCCAGCGAGGCCACCGCCCUGCAGCCGCGCCCGGGCUCGCGUCGUCCCAGCCUUCUCCUUGCCGAUGGAGGCGAAGACAUCGAGGAUACGGAGACCUCCGAUGACUCGGGAGCCGCAGGCUCAUACGAGGAUGACCACCCGCCGGGGUCGCUGCCAACCCUGCGCAACAAGAACAUCCAGUUCAGCAAAGCUGACAACGAGGACCUCCCGUCGCGCAUCACCCGCAUCUGGUACAUCAACCCGUACGGCCAGGAGAUCCGACCACCCGCCAAUCCGCGCGUGCUCGAGGCCCUGCGCGACGCACAGGCAAUCAUCUACAGCAUCGGCUCUCUCUACACGUCCAUCAUCCCGUCCCUGAUUCUCCGCGGGGUGGGACAAGCUAUUGUCAAUAGUCCAGCCCGGCACAAGAUCCUCAUCUUGAAUGGCUCGCUAGAUCGCGAGACGGGCCCGCCGUCGGAGCCAUUUACUGCUGUCGACUUCGUGGAUGCCAUCACCCGUGCCGGAGAAGAGAGUCGGGGUCGGAUACCCGCAGCGAGGUUCCCUCCGCUCCCGGCUCCAUCUUCCAACCUCCCGUACACCUCCUAUGUCACGCAUCUUCUGCACUUGGAUGGACCUGGUACUCCUCGGGUUGACCGCGAGCGUUUGGCAGAAAUGGGUAUAGAGACUCUUCGUCUGUACGGGCGUAAGAUUGUCACCACGACAGCAGAUGGCGCAGAGGUCCCCGUAGGCAUGAAGUACGAUUCCACUGCUCUUGUGCAGGCCUUGGAGGUGGUCCUGGGGAAGAAGGGGGAUGCAAUGCUGCGCGGUGACGGGUUAAGUCGGCGGAAUACUUUGGAUCCUGGACGCAAAAGAACAGGAGAAAAGGGCGCUUGA